AUGUCUGACGCUACAAAAAUCACCAAGAAAAACGACGACAAAAUAAAGCAAAUGUCAGUGAUAGGCCUGUCCGUCUAUGCAGUAGUGCACUCGCAUCUCUACUGGGUCUACUCCAUCCUGUACAUUGCUUAUCAUCAAAUUACGCCGCAUAAAAAGCCUCUCAACGCUGCUAAAUGGAGGUUCCCAGAUAGCACGCAUAAGAAGAGCAAAAAGAAGCACCCACAUCAGAAACACAGCAAAAAGAAAUCACUCACCCACAAGCCAAAAGCCAUCAUUCCAUCCACAAAACCCAAAACUGCAGUGAUUGCUCUGACUACAAAAACUACACACAUCGACGAUGCCAAGCACGCACUAGUACAACAACAACAAAAGGUACCAUUGUUUCACGCUCUUCGUACAUUCCCAUCCUCCUCCAGCAAAAAUCCACUCAACAUUCAUCAGCUCAUCAAAUCCCACCGUAAAAUACCCAAACGUAGCAACAGCACUGGACAUUUGAAUGCACAUGAAGCAUUAUUGCCACCCAGCCUGGUCAACUCUGAGGAAGACACUAGCAGCGAUGAAUCCUCUAUCCACAUACAAACUCUCUCUCCCAACAAGCGAAGCCGCGCCCUAGGUCUCCUUCGAUCGACAUUCCAAAGAAGCAACAGCACAGGACACUUGAAACAAGGUCUCAAUUCUUCAUUUUCAUCACUGUCUGAAGAUGAAGAAGUGGUAAUUGAAGUUAAAAAAAGAAAACGCGACACACUAUUUGGUAUCACACGCAAAUUCUCAAGCAGGAAAAAUGUGCCUACAUUGGCCACAACAACAACAACAACAACAGCAGCAGCAGAUCAGCAUCCUAAGGAAACAUCGCCUCCAUCUGAAACAAAGAACAGCACCACCACCAGAUCAAAGCUAUUCCGCAACAUGCCUUCCUGGAAGAAGCAAUCUCAAGCAGUCGCACAAAAUCCCUAA